UGGGCCCCGCGGCGGGACCCGCGCUGGCCGCACCUGGCCCUGCCGCCGCGCCUCGGGGCGGGAGAAGGCGCGGGAGGGGAAGAAAUUGAAGAUUUGGGGCGGCCGAGGAGGGAGGGGGGGGGUGGUGUGUGUGUGCGUGCGUGUGUGUGUGUGUGGAAGCGCCACCAUUAUCCGUCCCCGCUCCGAAAGUCGCUUCCCCGCCUCCCUGCCGGAGCCGGAGCCCGAGCGCGGCGGGGCGAGGAGAGCCGGAGGAAGUGCGGGGUUAAAAAAGAAAGAGAAACAGGCGGGCAGGGCUCGCCCGGCCGCGGCGGAGCGGCCAUCUCGGCUGCGAGCGGGGGCCGCAUCCAUGGAGUUACCGGGCGGCCGCUCCUGAGGAGGGCCCGGCCGGCGCGGCCCCGGCAAUGACACCGGCGUGAGGCGGCGAGGGGGGCUCUCCCGGCCGGGGACUGCGGGAGCAUCCCCCGCCCCCCGCCCCCUCCCCGCCCGUAACCCGAGAGACAGCCUCAACUCUUGGAGGACACUCUCCUGGCAAAGUCUCAUUGCAGCUCACAAACAGAACACAGAAUUCAGCCGGUGUUGCUCAACUGUCACAGCGUCAGAGGUGACGGCGCAGGGGGACCCAGCGCGGCGCAUCCCUUAACGUGCGGAUGAGCGCUGGGAAGAGAUGGAAGAAAAACGACGCAAGUACUCGAUCAGCAGUGAUAACUCAGACACCACUGACAGUCACACCACAACCACCUCCAGAUGCUCCAAAAUUCCGAAUACCAAAUCCACCUGGUCACGGCAGAAGGAGAAGAAGCCCUCUGAGGUUUUCCGUACGGACCUGAUAACGGCCAUGAAGAUCCCCGACUCCUUCCAGCUCAGCCCUGACGAGUACUAUGUCCUGGCCGAUCCCUGGAGGCAGGAGUGGGAGAAGGGCGUCCAGGUGCCAGCGAGCGCCGAGGCCAUCCCCGAGCCCGUGGUCAGGAUCAUACCCCAGCUGGAGAACUCUCCUUCACAGGUUUCACCGAGUAGCCUGCCUGGCUCCGAGAUUUCAGAAGCUACGAGGACUUACUUGCAAGGAGUGAGCCGCUAUGAUCUGGAUGAGCUUGAUGCUUGCUGGUUGGAACUUGUUAAUAUGGAGCUGAAGGAGAUGGAAAAGCCCGAGCUGGACGAGAUCACCCUGGAGCGAGUGCUGGAGGAGCUGGAGACCAUGUGCUAUGAGAACAUGAACAUCGCCAUCGAAACGGAGGAGGGCUUGGGCAUCGAGUACGAUGAGGACGUGGUGUGCGACGUCUGCCGCUCGCCGGAGGGGGAGGACGGCAACGAGAUGGUGUUCUGCGACAAGUGCAACGUCUGCGUGCACCAGGCGUGCUAUGGCAUCCUGAAGGUCCCCAUCGGGAGCUGGCUGUGCCGGACCUGCGCCCUCGGGGUUCAGCCCAAGUGUCUACUGUGCCCGAAGAGAGGGGGAGCGCUGAAGCCCACCCGGAGCGGGACGAAAUGGGUCCACGUUAGCUGUGCCUUAUGGAUACCUGAAGUUAGCAUUGGAUGUCCUGAAAAAAUGGAACCCAUUACAAAGAUCUCACAUAUCCCAGCAAGCAGAUGGGCUUUGUCCUGCAGCCUCUGCAAGGAGUGCACCGGGACAUGUAUUCAGUGCUCCAUGCCCGCCUGCGUCACCGCGUUCCACGUCACCUGCGCCUUCGACCACAACCUCGACAUGCGGACUAUUCUAGCAGACAACGACGAAGUGAAGUUCAAGUCCUUCUGCCUUGAGCACAGCACUGGUGCCACCAAGUUGCCCGAGGAGGCACGGACAGAGCCUGACCAAGCCCAGCUGGACUUGGAGAAGGUCACGCUGCGGAAGCAGAAGCUCCAGCAGCUGGAGGAGGACUUCUAUGAACUCGUGAAGCCUUCGGAGGUGGCGGAGAACCUUGACUUAAGUGAAUCGCUGGUGGAUUUUGUCUACCAGUACUGGAAGCUGAAGAGGAAAGCAAAUUCCAACAAACCGCUGCUGACACCAAAAACGGAUGAAGUGGACAACUUGGCCCAGCAAGAACAGGACGUUCUCUACCGACGCUUAAAGCUCUUCAUGCACCUCAGGCAAGACCUGGAGAGAGUUAGAAAUCUCUGUUACAUGGUGACGAGACGGGAGAAAAUGAAGCACACCAUUUGUAAACUUCAGGAGCAGAUCUUUCAUCUCCAGAUGAAGCUUAUUGAGAAAGAUCUUUACCCAGAACAAACUGGGAAGAAGACAAAGGGUAAGAAAAGUGACCCGAGAAGGAAAGGAAGAGAUGGUAGAAAAAAUAGUCCUGAGAAGAAAGAGAAAAGGAAAUCAGUCAACGAAACUGUGUUGGGACAACUGGGCUUGUCAACCUCCUUCCCCAUCGACGGGACCUUCUUCAACAGCUGGUUGGCGCAGUCGGUCCAGAUCACUGCAGAGAACAUGGCGAUGAGCGAGUGGUCCCUCAACAACGCCCACCACGAGGACAGCACCCCCGGCCUCUCCGAGGAGCUCCUCCAGGACGAGGAGACCUUGCUGAGCUUCAUGAUGGACCAUUCCCUGAGGUCCCCGUUCAAGCAGAGCGAGGCCACAAAGAAAGUGAAAAGCAAAACGAGAACGAACACUAAGAAAAAGCUGCCCAGGAGCAGCCCCCCCGCCAUGGGUGGGAGCCACCCGGAGAGCUCGGAGCCCUGGACUAACAACGCCAGUGACUUGUCGGAUGACGCCGCCAAGCCUUUCGCUCCAGAUUCCAGACCGAGCAAGUUGGAGAAAGGGGCAGCGAAGCUUCCCACCGACCGCAAAGGGACAGGCGAGGCAAAAAAGGCGGCCAAGAAGGGCUCUCUCCCAAAAGCCGGUGAGCCUCACCCCCCGGCCGGGGUGAGGGGCUGCGGCAGCAAGGAGGAGGAGGAGGAGGAGACGCUGCGCUGCGCUCAGCCAGAGCCCAGCCCCGCGGCCAAAGUGCCUGACUCCGUAGGUAGCCCCAAAACCGUCGUGCGGUUCAAAUUACCAAAGGAGAGCCGAGGGACUCGGAGGUCGCAGCCCCCCAAGCCCGACGGUGCCGGCGGAGCUCCCUUGCGCCGUUUUGAUGCCGAGACGGACGGCUACUUCUCCGACGCAGAGAUGAGCGACUCGGACGGGGAGUCCCGCGGCGGCAGGGCGCAGCGGGGCCAGCUGGAUGCGGCCGGUGAGGACAUCGUCAGGAUGAGCAUCCUGGCAUCUUAACUCCUCCCGACUGUGCCGGCUCGACGAGGCCUCAACCCAGUUCCAACUGCCAUGUCCAAUUUCUGCCUGGUAUCAUAGCAAGGGGGAUUUUUAAUAUGUGUAUAUAGUUGGAAAUUCGGCACUGUUGUCUUUCUCUUCUCUAUACGCCUGAGAUACAGCUUCAGCUUCACUGACAUCGAUGACCAUGACAGUAGUGGUCCCUCCCCGGAUCCCCGCCGGACCCCACUUCCCGGGAAGACGAACCGGCACCCGGCGGGACCGAUGUCGAGGGUGCCGAGAGGGCGGAGGGUGCCGGUACCUGUGCUUUCUGCAGGGAUGACAGUUUAAUUAAUGGGCAUUAUUUAACGAGGGGCAGAUUUCUGCCCGGGACGGUUGCCCCUGGAGCAGGGAGCGAGUGGAGGGUACGGUAGUGGCCAGCUGCGGGAGGGGAAAUACCCGCCUGUGUGCGCGUAUACGAGGAAGCAAAAUAAGCGAUACUAAAAUAAAUAAUGACUAAAGCACAAAAAGCUUGGAGGAAAGCGCUCGGGGUGGAAGAGAGCAAUGUUACAUUUCUAUUUUUAGAAAAAAAAAAACAAAUUCGGUCAUUAUUUUUCCCCUCAGCUUUCCGUCUGGUCGGGAUCUGCCCAGGGGCCAGGAUGCAGAAUUUCUCCCUGUCCCUGCCCUGUAGGUCGACCCCGUUGAGGUCAUUAGAAAAACUGAAGUGAUUUACUCAGGUGAAUUGAUCAGCUGUUAGCAAGCUGGAAAAUGGAACUGCGGGGCAGGAGGGAGGAGAAAAGCAUCCUUUAAAAACACCGUGGGGAGUCGGGAGCUGGUUUAACCCGGGAGGUUGAGCGAAGUUUUUCUGCCCGGGCUUCCCUCCGAUGGCUGCCGUGGUCCCACCGUGCUGUGGUGGCACGUUCGAAGUCCCCUUUGCACAAUGAAAUACUUGGCCCCGAGGCCAAACGUACCAUCACCGAGGGGAAAUGGAAACGCUUGCCUUCACCAUUUUAUUUUCCUACUAAACGCUACAAUGGAAAUGGUGAAUUUAUUCCUCCCCAUCCUUUUUUUUUUUUUUUCCUUAUUCCUUAAAUCCUGGUUACAAGCUGUUGACUCGUUGUGGGAGGGUGAUUCACAGAAGCUGACAUUAUAAAUAUUACAAUAAUUUAAUGCAUAAAAUGUCCCCAGUAAGCCUUAAAUGUUGUUUAAAAGCCCAUGUUACCUACAAGUCAGGCGAAUUUCCAUGUUUGCACUUAAUUGCACCAUUACUUCGGUUUUGGCUUCAAAGGUCACAGUUAAGUCGUGCUACGUGUUUUAUUGGAGUGACCCCAGUGUGAGCUCAGGGAACAAAAAAAAAAAAGGAAUUCACUGAAACUUUUGUUGUUGUUGUUUUUUAAAAAUAAAAAAUGUUUUAAAAAAAAAAACUAAAAAAAAAAAAUAACCAAACCUGGGACACUUCUGCAACCGGUUAAACCCAUCACUAAACAAAAAACCUUGCAAUUGUCAAACCAAUCAGUCAAAUAAUUUUGUGGAUGCCAAAGAAUAUUUUGACAGUCAAGCAGCACAGCCAGAAACCGGAAACUUGUCAUUAUGAAAAAUUUGGAAGUUAUUUAGCAACAAAGGACUAGAGACACACUCAUAACACACUGCUGCGGCGUUAGGUUCCAAGCUUGCUCCGAGGGAUGCUGCUGCUCCGAGACCGCAUCCUGCCGUUUUGAUUUCCGAUGCUUUUUGCUCAUUUCACUGUGAGCUUUCUUUUGAAACUCUGAGACUCCUUCGAUUGAUGUUUUAGAGUAGAUCAUCUUUAUCAGCCUUCCAAAGUCCUUAUUAUUGAUCAAAUUGCAGCAAAGAUAAGCGAUGACAGCCUAGCUCAUCCCAGGCAUGGCGAGCAGCGGGGGCUUCGGGUCGGGUGCCGAGCGCCUGCGCCCAGCCCUGGCUAAGCCCAACACUAACCCGGCCGAGACUGACCAUGCCUGGGGAGGAAUCUUCCUCCGAUGGGAAGAAUGUUACACAAGUUAUUAGCAGGAAAAGAAAAAAAAAAAACCAAACACCAACCAACAGAAAAUCAACAAAAUGGGAACCACCUUUGUUAUAAAUUAGCAUAAUCCAUUGAUGUUGGAAAUGAAAAUCUGCUCAUUAAUUAAGGCUCAGUAUGUUCAGAUAAUGUUAAAUACAGUAAAUAGGACUUAGUUUAUCUUAUCAGGCUUGCUAGCUUUAGCUACAGUAUCCUAGUAUAAGAGUCAUAACAAUAAUCAAUAUGCUGCCUUUUAAUGAAUCUUGCUUCCGUGUGCUUCACUCAAUUAUGGUUAAAAAAACAAAAAGCAAUCCACAAAUUUCACUGUACACAGCUCCAUUCAUCAGCUUCUGCACUACUUGUCUUCUCAGUACAGGAAAGCAAAAAGGGGGAGACUUUAAAGAACAACCAACCCGGCGCUGCCAGCACCAGGCAAUAAAACAGUUUGAAACGCUCCCAAACCAUCAGACAUUGUAUUUUGCCAUCGGGAGACGGUGUUUAGGUGGGGAAGGCUAAAGGGGGGUUGUGGGGCACAUCAAACCUGGGGAGAAGAAUCGGGUGGAGGGAAUAGAGAGGAGCCAAGGGGGUCUCGUCAGCCGUGGGGCUGGGCAAGGGAUGGCAGGGCUGGCCCGCAGCAGGACGGCUGCAGCCACCCUGGCGCAUCCCCUCGGAGCAGGGGAGCCUGGCGUUCGGGAGAGAAAAUGCACAAGGAAAAUAUUUUUGAUGUUACUGUAAAUGUAUUUUGAAAUGAAUAGAAAGAAAAAAAAUAAAAGGGUUUAUUUUAGUAGAGAAAUGUUGUCUUUUAAGAUGUAUAAACUGCAGGAAUUGACAUUUGCACUGUAAGAGCACCCGUUCCCUUGGAGAAGCAGCAGCCGUUGAGGUGAGGAUGCGAAUAGCAUCAUGCCCUGAUCGUGGAGCACAGCCCCAACAUCACCCCAGCCCCGAUAGCUGUGGGGUUUCCCAAGGACAUCUCCGAUUCCACACACCCCUUUUCCACACAGCCAUCUUUGAAAUGAUUUUAUUUUUGCUUGCACCUGUUUUACGGGGUUUGGCUGCCCGCCGUCCCACGGAGCUCGCCCCAAGGCGGGGUGCGGAACAGAGCCGGGAGCGGGGUGCGGGAGCAGCCGCCGGCGGGAAGAUGCUGCUGCAGGGCAGGGCGUGAGAUUUGGUUGUUCUUUAAGGAAAUCCCCCCGCAGUUUGCGCCAUUCCACACUCAAAACAGACCCACUUCACAUCAGUUACAGGAAACGAUAUGAAUGUCACAGGAGGAGAAACCCUUCUGUUUUCUUUGUUUCAAAGAACGUGAUGUGCCAUUUGUUAAUAUAAAAGAGAAAUAUUGAAAAUAUAUUGAAAAGAGCAAUUUUAAAUUAUUUUUGGCUUAUGUUGCAAUAUUUAUUUUCUUGUAUUAGAAAUUCCUUUGUAGAGAAAAAAUGUAUUUUUCAUUAAUGCAAAAACCUAUUUCUCCUUUUUGUACAUUUUCCAUGUUAGUUAAUCCUUAAAGCAAUAUAAUGUUAUCAGACUCGUUCUGUGUGAGACUGUAUUAUGCAUGCUAUUUGUGUUGCCUUGGAAUAGCUCUGUCUGCCAUUAUUUUCAUCCUGUUUAGAUACAGUGUAUGCUUUAAUACACAUUGGGACCAUGGCCCAUUGCUUAUGAAAAAAAAACCCUUUGCAUUCCUCAAUGUGUUGGCAAAUGCAGUCAAUAAAGCAGUGUUUUCUGUG